AUGGUUGACGGGGAAGGGAUCCUCUACGUGGAAGCCGUGGCAGUUUGUGCUAUUUGCUUGUACAACUUUCGCUUCAUCCACAGUAUUCGCUUGUACAACAAUAUCUUAUCCUGGCAAUUUACCAUCUUGGCUCUGCACGUGGCCCCGGUAGUUUCCAUAAGAUGUCUGGGACUCAGCCAUGCCGUGGAGUACAGAUGCGCCGUGUUCUGGGCUCUGCUCUCUUGGGGAUGUCGGGCAUUCCUUCCGUCAAUCUUCAGCCUGGCCAUGUUGCUGGUUGAAGCAGCCGCUUAUGCGAGUGAUUUGGACUCGGUGCUGCUCGAAGCGCUUUUCCUCCUUCAGCUUGUCAUUGCCUUCGGAGCCUGGUCGGGAAUGCUGCUUGCAAGUUGCUUCAGCAGCUUCACGUUCGUGCCUUUCGACCGGCACCUGAACAAGGGCCUCCGGCACUUUUGUGCUUCCUCAGCCGCACGACGGUGUUUCCUGCAUGAGUUCUUGAGCCAUUUUGUUGUGCAGAUGAUCUUUGCGGACAUCAUUCGGCGCAGACUCGGGUAUGUUCCGAACUUGUGGAGCGCAGUGCGCGGUGCAAUGCCAAUCCAGGCUAUUUAUGCGGCGCUCGUCCUGACCACAGCAAUUCUCAUCCCGCCGCAUGGACUUCCCUACAACCUUGGUCAGAUCCCGAAGUUCCUUCAAUUCCCCGCGACUUCGUGGCUGCCUCGACUGCUCGUGGGUGAGGGUGCUGUGACUCGUGUCAAUACCAGGUUUCUGCCGUGGUGGGCACGAGUGGCGGCUGACCAGGAGAUGUCUUCCAAGGAUGCUUGCAUCAAGCAAACGAGCAUGGGCAAGACUCGGACAGGCACUUCUGUCACCUGCUCGUUACUGUGUAAGCAGGGCCAGCGACCCGCAGUAGGUGCUGGGAAUAUGCCAGGUGAUGCUCUCCGCUCUGAGCUUGACGUGGAUGUCGUGCUUUUCGAUGGCGGCAACAUUCGAGGCAACCGUGACUACGUUCCAGUGAAAGGUCAUCACAGAGGGUCCAAGCAUCUCGGCAUGCAUAGGCGAAGGAAGAACAAAGUUGGUGUCGACAAGGCUCGGGCCAGGUGGGCAUUUACAGCCGGCUGCCAAGUCUUGCCAUGGCAUGUCUACAUUUCUGGGAAGCCUUGGGCCUACAUUUCAGGAAACAUGCAGCUCGGCUUGAUAUGCAUCAUGGGAGCGACUGAUAGGUUUACGAUUGGCGUCCUUCUUCCAUUGCGACCGGCCGCUUUGUGCCUUGGCAUGCCUUGGCAGUUUCAUGCAGCCCAGCGUGCCGACUUCCUCCGAGUCCAACCACCGGUGAAAACGAAGUCUGGACGGCUGGGCAGCAAGGUGGCGGCAGCGGGCGACGCCAUGGUGCAAGAGCCAGUUACAGACCAUGCGGUAACCCACAUCAGCGGGAAGCCCAUCGUGUUGAGCAAGAGGUACAAAGUGGCCUUGCUCCACGCGGCUCUUCAUGGGAUGAACGGCAACUCCGUUUUUGAGAUUUGGGCCAGCACUCAAGGCAAUGUUGUGCCGCCUUUCGAAGCCUGCCAGCCUGCUGCAGAGCACCUUACACGGCACUUCACACGACUUCUGUGGCUGAGAAUGCCCAGCUUUCAGAUAUUGGACGUGGAUAAGAGCAAGACGAUCUCCCGCGAUGAGCUCUUGGAGGGUAUCCCCAAGGGCUUUCCUCGAGCAAGAGACCCCAACAUUCGGCGGUCACUGCUGCGAAGGCUCCUGGCGACGAUUGAGCUUGACAGUACCGGACAUAUUACAGAGGAGCAGUACUUGAAGUUGCACACGAAACUGAAGGAUUCGGACAGCAUCAACUUCGCAGAGGGCGACGUCUUCUGCGACUGGGCCUACUGGACUUCGCCGCAGGGCUGA